UAAAGGGACCCACACUUCCCCCCCAAAUUGGUCUGAAUCCAGCAUGUCCAUACUCGCCUCACCUUCGCGUGUGCACACGCGUGUCUUGUUUCUUUAUGGUUGCUUUUUCUCGUUAUCUAGACACACGAUUCUUCUUCCGUUCAGAAGAGAGAUUUAUAUAUAAAGAAAAAGUCAGUUUCAAUUGCUUGUCUGUGUUUCGGUUCUGUCUGAACGGUCAUUCAUCAUCAUCGUCGUCUCCAUUACUCCAUUAAACCUUUUUUCUUGAAUCAUUACUUGCUUGUGAACGAUGAGAAGCCAACAGAGAGAUCAAGACUCGAGGGCUUUCUACGAUCUAUCGGGUCUUGUCCUGAGCCUCCUCCGCUCUCCUCCCACCCCGAUUUCUCUCCCCGAUCAUCAUCAUCACUUCCCGGAUUCGCCGAUGAUGAUGAGAAGUCCGCAGCAUCGGUCGCUUUCGAUGGCGCAUAUAACUCCGUCGGGAUUCGCGUCGCUGCUGCUGGGUAUAUCGGUGGCUCUGAUGCUCUGUGGAUCUGUGACUUUCUUCAUCGGCUUCCUCUUGCUGCCCUGGGUUCUGGGUCUCAUCGUGGUUCUUUAUGUUGCUGGGAUCGUGUCUAUCAUUUCCAUGGCUGGGAGGUCCAUCCUCUCUUACCUCUUGACGCCGCCUCCUCCUUUUUCAUCAAGGAAGGAGAUUUCUGAAUGGAAGCUGUUGUGAAGUGACGAACAAACUUCUUGAAAUGGCUCUCCUUUAUUAAUCCUGAAGCAGAGGACAAAGAAGAUGGAUUAAUUAUAUCAACGCAAAUCCAAUUAGAGUUUUUCUAUAUAUGUUCCUUUAUCUGUAUUUUGGGAGGGGGGAUUAUGUGUGGAUAUAUUUGGGAGUUUCUAUAGAUUUUUUUACUUUCUAAAAAAUAUUUUCUAUUUUAUUGUUAGAGAAAUGGGAAAAGCCGGAGUUUGUGCUUUUUUCCGUGGAUGGUUUUAUUGUUAUGUGACAUUAUUUCUUUUAGAAAAAAUAAUCAUACAAAAGAUUAUAGGA